UUCGCAAACGAAGAUUUUAAAUUUAAUUGUGACCGUACCAUCGGUUUAGUUGGGAUAAAUUAGCCAGAAUUGAGUACCCAAUUGAUUCACUUUGCUGCAAUAUUAAAAAAAAGGCCCAUCUUGAUUUUGUUUUAAUUUUUUUAGUACUAUAUUGUAGAUACUAAUUUUCGGCAAAUUUUUUUUAAUUAAAUCUCUGAUAUGCCUAGAAUUGCCAUAGAACUUACCGUAAAGAAACUUGGUGCUUUAGUUAGAAAAAAAUAGCAACAGCUGACUAUUUACUUCACUCACUUAUCUGCAAGAAUCAAAAAGAGGGCUAUUAAUGACACCAUCAUGAUUUUCUUUAAUUUCUUUUCAACCUAUAUUGUAGGUACUCAUUUUUACCUACUUUUUCCAAAUAAAACGAUUCUAUCACUUAAUAAAUGAUUUUUGCUGUUAGAUGCUUAGCCUUGAAACUCACAGGGCAAUAUUAUCAAUUUUCUCAAAAACUCUCUUGAAAUCAGACCCUAUAUGCCAAAUCUCGCUUUAAUAUUGCCUUCUCUUAAGAAGCAUUAAAUUAUGAACUAAAAACAAUAUUAGUUAUUCUCCGACCUAUAUUUAAUAAACAUCUUAUAUCAAGCCAAAACAGUUAAAUAGAAAAAAAAAAUUAGUUUCAAUUUAAAUCACUUAUAAGAAUAUAUUUGAACGUUAAUUGCGCAUCCAAAACUUAUUUAUAUACAAUCGGGUCGUUUCAUAUACAAAACUGCUUGGAACGUUGUUGUUCAUAACCUAGACCCAUAGAAAUUUAGUAAACUUUAGGCCAGUGCUAUGUAAACCUCCAGACACGCGACACCGCUAUAUAUACAAUCAUACAUAAAGACAAAGUCCAAUUUAUACCGAGGUUAGUUGAUAAUUUAUUUAUUUGUAUUCGAUGGAGAGAAAUGGUUGUAAAAAUGAUUUAUUAGAAAAGAAUAAUGACGGAAAAGCCGCCUUGGAGCUGCCAUGGAGACAAUCACUUAAGCAGAUUUUAGCUGCUUGCAUAGCUCACUCGCUCGUUAUUCAUGCGGGGAUCAAUAUGGCUUUUAGCGCAGUACUUUUACCGCAACUAAGGGAGUCAAAUAGUGACAUAAAAAUUGAUAUUCAUCAAGCUUCUUGGAUAGCCAGUAUUGUAACUGCCUUCAUACCACUGGGGGCAUUAACAAUCGGUCCGUUAAUGGACAAAUUCGGACGCAAGAAAAUGUGCAUACUAACUGCGGUGCCCUUCGCAUUAUCCUGGUUGCUACAUAAUUUCGCUAGUAACGUUUGGUUUAUUUAUGUUGCCAGGAUUAUUGCUGGUUUUGGAUCAGGAAUUAGUACUGUGGCAAUCGUCUAUGUCAGCGAAAUCUCACAUCCCAAGUACAGGCCGAUGUUACUUACUUUCAAUAGCGUUUUCGUAACUUUAGGGAUCCUUUUAACCUGCAUUUUAGGUUUCGGCCUUCAUUGGACCGCAAUGGCAAAAAUAAACUUUAUACUAGCAACAGGCUCCUUAAUUGGCUUAUGCUUUAUACCAGAAAGCCCUUAUUGGCUCCUGGUGUUCAAACGUGACAAAAAAGAAUGUGCUAGAGCAAUGAAAUGGCUGUACACGGAUCAGCAGGUGUAUGAAGAACAAUUUCAAAGAAUUUUAGACUCUCCGCAAUCGAACCCACGGGACCAAAAAUCUGACCUAAAAUUCUAUAAGAAGCCGAUCGUGUGGAAGCCACUGGUCAUAUUGCUCAUUCUGUUCAUCUGUCAACAGCUGUCGUCCGCAUACGUCAUCAUCUUUUAUGCCGUAGAUAUAUUCAAAAAAAUCGGCGGGAACUUCAAACAUAUCGGCUUAAUAGACGAGUUUGUUGCCCUAAUCUUAUUGGGCAGCAUCAGAUUCGUCAUGGCCAUAGUACUCGCCGUGAUAUCCAGAAAAGUGGGUCGCAGAACCUUAAUGUUUGUCUCGGGGGUCGGAAUGAUUGUCACCAGUUUUUUGGUCGGAUUAUACAUGUUUCUCUCUCAUAAAUCCACAUUAGACAAGGAGGUAGAAUCUCAAACUGAAUCCGAUGGUACUAUCGCGGUUGUUUUAGUUUUAUGUUACAUUUGCUUCAGCUCGUUUGGUUGGCUGGUGAUUCCCUGGACUCUUAUUGGUGAAUUAUUACCCGUUAAGGUCAGAGGAGUGUUGGGAGGAGUCGUAGUGUCAGUGGCGUACGUGGUGAUGUUCUUAGUGGUGAAACUGGCACCGUAUCUUAUGGAGAACGUUCGGUUGGAGUUUUUGUUUUUCGGACUCAGUGUGGAAAAUGUAGUGGGCGUUUUGUUUUUGUACUUUUACUUGCCGGAGACUUUGGGGAAGACGUUCGAUGAUAUCGCCAACUGUUUUGAUAAAACUAGUAGUGGAGAAGUGGUUGAAAUGAUCAAAAUAAAACCGUGAAGUAUUAG